AUGUUUCGCGAGGAGCAGAACCCAGUAUUGGAUAUUGCGCCUGGCGUGACGGCAAUGAAUAUUGUCGAAAAGAAGCGCAAUAACAGUGUCGCGCUCUCCAACUCCACCUCUUCUGAAGCCAGUAUCAGAUCCUACUCCGGACUCCGACUUCAGGAUGAUCUUGCUACGGUGUCAAGAGCACGAAACUUCGAGUACACAACUGCUCACCUGCUCAAUGGUAUCAGCGAGGAUUCGGAUAGCCUGGCCGUCAAGCAUCAGCCUCGGAGCAAGAGCGCCCAUGACAUGUUGGAUGAGCCUUUUGAGCGCAUCCAACCUACUGGCUCCUCCUUGAGCCUAAAAGACACCCGAGAAAUUGCUGUCCAAACAGCGCCGAUCAGCACCCAAACGACAAUCGACCUCUCUGAUUCCGUCGCAACAGCUAUUGCCACUCAAACGGAUACGAUCCCGAUUUUCAUCAACUCCAGGAGGAAGAGCGAGGCUUACAACAAGGAAAUGCUGGAAGAACAGAGCGCACUAAUGGAAAUCAUCGACGAAGCCCUGGACGAGACGAUCGAUCGAUACAGCCGGAUGCGAACGAAUCAGAUUAUUGCUAGUAGCGCCAGGAGACAGGCCCAGAUCUGGCGCGACGCGAAAGACUUUGUCACGAAGGCGCUGAUCCCUCAAAGCGUGGAGCAUGCGAACCGUGGGCGGACUCAGCAGCGGAGUGCCGUCGAGAUUGUGUCGAUGAUUAAGGGAUAUCCG